CCUUCUUCAUAAUGUCAGUGAAAUCAGUGCUGGGACACAGAUUAACUCUCCUAAAUUCUAAUGUCAGUGAAAUCAGUGCUGGGACACAGAUUAACUCUCCUAAAUUCUAAUGUCAGUGAAAUCAGUGCUGGGACACAGAUUAACUCUCCUAAAUUCUAAUGUCAGUGAAAUCAGUGCUGGGACACAGACUAACACCGUCUAGGAUUCUGGCCAGACAGACCUUGUGGAACACAGCAGAAAAUGGAGUUUGACUCGAAUUCAUCCACACCUGGAUGGGCACCACUCCUGAAGUUUUGGCUCUAAGCUCCUGACUGGAACAUAUCUGGAUAUGUGCUGUGGCCUUAUUAGGGAUUUACUUCCCUCUGAAAGGUACAAGGAAUAUAUAAUUUAAAUCUAGAAGCACUUAAGUGUGAGAAUGUGAGAAAACAGGACUCAUAUUGCUUUUUUUUUUUUUUGCUUUUUUUUUAAAGCCUCUACUUCAUAGUGCCUCCUCUAUUGGAAGAUGAGCAGCCCAUUUCAGACCAUAUGUCAAAGCACUUGGUUACUUUUUUUUUUUAAAGGUUCGAGUAUUGCACCAUACCUUUGAUUAUGUGUGGUGUUUUUAAUAAAUUGUCUGAGAGAGCAAAAAGAACUUCCAAAGUGUCCUGUUGAGUUGCCCUAAUGUCAUUUUAAUCUCAUCCCUACAUCUCUAGGAUCAGAAUGUUAUGCGAAACUUGUGUCAUGGUGUGGAAUGUGGAUUUAGAAGAUGCAAAGUUAAUUUACGAAGUAAGUAUACCCUUAUAUAUAUUAAAAAAAAAAAAAACAAAAAAAACAACAACUUAAACCGGUAGUGAAAUUAUUUUGAAAGAAGCUAUUUGGGGUUAAGGCCACCUUUGCAUUUUAAUGGGUAAUUACUCUUGGCACAGCAUCCCUGGGGACCAGAGGUAAAUCCGGAUUUAAAUAGGGCGCAGCUAAUACUUUGUUCUUUAAGGGAAGCCAGUUUCCAUGCAUCAGGGAGAAGAGAAAUCCAAGGGUUUCGGCGCUGGAAGCAGCAGCAGCAGCAGCAGCAGAGUGCAUCUGAUCGAUCUAGGAAGGUUUUCCCCUGGAGGAGCGGGCUCGGUGCGCGCCCAGCGCUCGCAGCCGGCAGGAGAGGGCGGCAGAGAAGCGGCUCCCGGACCCUGCACAGCGCCCAAAUUUGUCACGGGAGCGACAGCACAUCGCAUCUCGGAAGCCAAAUCCCCUUUCAAAACGGCAGCUUCGCCAGUUUUUUUUUUUUUUUAAUUUUUUUUUUUUUUUUUUUUUUUUUUUUUUUUUUUUUUUUUUAGGAGCCCGCACCACUUUGAAAAUGUCAAAUUCCUGCGGCAGCCCAGAAGACGCGAGGAAGCAGCGAGGAAGAGACGGCAAGAUAAGAAGGGAGGAUGUGGAUGAUUCCCAGCCGGAGGAGAAGAGGCUGAAGCUGGCGAGGGAAGGAGGGAGCAGUGGAAAGGACCGAGAAGCAGCGGCAGACGCAGAUGCAAUAAUGCCUUGUUCAGGCAGAGAGGAGCCCGUGCCCGAAGGAGGUGGCCAAGGCAAAAGUGACUAUAAAUCUGAUGUUAUGACUCUGGUUUCCAGUGCCAAGAGCAGUCCUCAAGGUCCAGUUUUGACAUCGCUGGAUGCCAGCAAAGCUGAGGAAACUCCACAGCAGCCCCAUGCAAGUGGUGCCUAUUGUUUCCAUGAGCGCAGCCUCCUCUCAGACACUAAAGCAGAGUGCAGUUCUGGUGUAGAAACUGAGGACAGAAAAAGUUCAAAACAACAGAUGAAUUGUGAAAGAGAACAGCUAAGGGGUAAUCAGGAAGCUACAGCACCUCCUGACACAAUGGCACAGCCUUAUGCCUCAGCCCAGUUCGCUCCACCUCAGAACAGUAUCCCUGCAGAAUACACAGCCCCACAUCCGCAUCCAGCUCCAGACUACACAGGCCAAACCACUGUUCCAGAGCACACGUUAAACAUGUACCCUCCUGCUCAGACACACUCCGAACAGAGUGCAGCUGACACAAAUGCACAAACUGUCUCCGGCACAGCCACACAGACAGAUGAUGCAGCACAGACCGAUGGCCAGCAACAGACACAAUCUUCUGAAAACACAGAAAACAAAUCACAGCCAAAACGGCUCCACGUCUCAAAUAUACCAUUCAGAUUCCGGGAUCCAGAUCUUAGACAAAUGUUUGGUCAAUUUGGUAAAAUCUUAGAUGUUGAAAUUAUUUUUAAUGAGCGAGGCUCAAAGGGAUUUGGUUUCGUAACUUUCGAAAAUAGUGCUGAUGCGGACAGGGCGAGGGAGAAAUUACACGGCACCGUGGUAGAGGGCCGUAAAAUCGAGGUAAAUAAUGCCACAGCACGUGUAAUGACAAAUAAAAAGACCGUCAACCCUUACACGAAUGGCUGGAAAUUAAAUCCAGUUGUUGGUGCAGUUUAUAGUCCAGAGUUCUAUGCAGGCAGGGUGCUGCUGUGCCAGGCAAACCAGGAGGGAUCUCCCGUGUACAGUGCCCCCAGUUCACUAGUAUACACAUCCACAAUGCCAGGAUUUCCCUACCCUGCUGCGACCGCCGCUGCCGCGUACAGAGGUGCCCACCUACGAGGCCGAGGUCGCACGGUGUACAACACCUUCCGAGCAGCAGCUCCCCCUCCUCCCAUCCCAGCCUACGGCGGUGUUGUAUACCAGGAUGGAUUUUAUGGUGCAGACAUUUAUGGUGGUUAUGCUGCCUACCGGUACGCCCAGCCUGCCACUGCCACUGCAGCUGCCUACAGUGACAGUUACGGACGAGUUUAUGCUGCAGACCCCUACCACCACACACUUGCUCCAGCAGCCACCUACGGCGUUGGUGCCGUGAAUGCUUUUGCACCCUUGACUGAUGCCAAGACUAGGAGCCAUGCUGAUGAUGUCGGUCUCGUUCUUUCUUCAUUACAGGCUAGUAUAUACCGAGGGGGAUACAGCCGUUUUGCUCCAUACUAA